CUGGUUAGUGUGCCACACUUACACGCGCCGUAGGUAACACUUUGUUAGGUGUCACGAGAAACGCAUAGUCAUCCAUGCCGAUAGAGUGAACAAUGGAUCCUUCUAAAGACCAAGGCUCGAAAAAUACUGCUCUCCACCACGCCUGCCUAGCGGGGGACCUCAAACGUGUGACAACCAUUUUGUCUGAUGGCCAUGACAUCAACGCUCGUGGGAUGCUGAAGAGGACGCCAGUGAUGUUGGCAGCGUGGAAGGGACAUAGAAAGGUGUUGGACUUUCUUUUGAAUAAAGGAGCUGACGUAGAUAUAGUUGAUGGCCGUCAUGACAGCAUCCUUCACUUGGCUUGUGUUGGAGGGGGUGUAGACAUAGUAAAGCGUAUCCUCUCCUACACCACAAGAGUGGCCAUCAAUGGAAAGGGCAACUAUGGUAAGACUCCGAGCAUGGAUGCAGCAUGGACAAGGCAUACAGACGUGUUACAAUUACUUGUCAGCAAAGGAGCAGAUAUGUCGUCGGUGGAUGAUGGUGGUGACAAUAUUCUACACUGGGCAUGUGUUGGAGGACAUGUUGAGAUGGUCAAGUAUGUCCUCUCGAUGAAACGUUUUGACAUCAACAGUAGGGGAGUGUGUGAGAGGACUCCAGUGAUGGAGGCAGCGGUGCACGGUCAUGAUGAAGUGUUUCAUUUAAUUGUGAGAAGUGGAGGGGAUUUGACCCUGGCGGAUGCUAAGGCGAGGAACAUACUGCAUCUAGCCUGUCGUGGACGGAAUCUUGAAAUUGUGAAGUAUGUUCUGUCCAAAAACAUUGUCGACAUCAACAGUAGAGACCAGAUGGGAAACACAGCAGUGAUGGAUGCAACUGUACAGAGAAACAGAGAGAUGGUCAACCUCCUUGUGAGUAAAGGAGCUCACAGUAAAUAACUAACCCAUGAUGGUCAACCUCCUUGUGAGUAAAGGAGCCCACAGUAGAUAACUAACCCAUGAUGGUGAACCUCCUUGU